AACAACAAUCGCAUUGCCCUUCUAGAAUGCCCAUCCACCGAUGGAAGCUUGUGAACGAAAUAUACUCGGCCUGCGAUUUAUGACAGACGACCCUCCCGUGCGAAUCCAGCUCGCGCCGUCUCACUCGCGAAAGAGAUAGAUGGGCGCGAUAGCUACCUGCAUACACAUGUGACCAGAGGACACGACAUCAAUACAUUUUCCCCAUAUGCGCGAGACGGGCCCGAGACUCAAUGCUCCAAUUCAUACGCCUCCAUGCAUUCGAAACAACGAGUUCGCGGUAUCACCCCGCCCCAGGAGGUGGAUGAGGAUACUCACAGCGACCAUAUCGACAACCUCGCAGACUGGUCGGUAGCUACAGCAGGAGAUACACUACCGCUGGGCGCGGAAUGGGACGCUAGUAGUAACAGUAGUAACGCACGCACGGCUUUUAGGCCCACCGUCAACGUACAGCCAAAUACUAUAAGGACAGUUACACCUGAUCCCGGUGAGAAUGGCCACGCCACAGACGCAAACAACAUUGCACAAGCGACCCGAGGAUAUGGUACCGCCUCGCCCCAGCAGAGUUCGCCCAGAUCCAUCCCCGGUGGGGAAAGAAGAAGGCAAGGCAUGGUAUUUCAUGAUGCUUUUAACGACUCUUUAGAAAAUGCCCCCGCGACUCAACAGUCGCAACAACAUCAAAAAGCUACCCUCAGACCACGCACGCAUACAAUGGAUGGUGCGCUCGCUGCGCGACAGCAUGCUACGGCUUCUCCAAUCGAUGGCAGACAUAGAGUAGGAUCUUUUUCAUCUUCGGGUUCGCAACCUUUCCAGGUAGACGUUGAAGUUCGCCCUCCGCCGACCGUGCUCGAAUCCGUGGGCUACCCAUCAGUCGCACCAACUAGGCCCCCAGACCUAAAAAUUACACCAUCUUCAAGCAAAGAGAAAAAGUCCUCCAAUAGGCGCCUGAUAAAACGCGGCUCUUCCCGGCCUACAUCUCCUGCAGUAUCUAUGCCGCCUUCUGUGGAUUCAUUACCGCUGCCAAUUCCCACAGAAGAUGCGAACAAAAUUCUUUUGUUAAUGAAGACAUUGUGUGGUCGCAUGAAAGGCGAAAUUGAAUACCAAGCCGAACAAAAUGGCCCUUGGUACGCGGGAACAUGUUACAUUGACGAAGAUCGAGGAAGUUUGUUAUUCGACUCUGGCCAGAACGGACCGUUCCACAUUCCAGUAGUUGCCGAUCUUCGUGGGUGCAGGGUUCUCCCCAUUGACCUUCCCGACGACAAAGGAAAGUGCCUGGAAAUUCUAAACAAUAAAAUGGGUGUUGAACUGUUACUACGACCCGUUCUAGUUGAGGAAUUCGACUUAUGGCUUGCCAGCUUACUUUGCUGGCAACAAUUACGUCCCAGUACAGUGAAAUUCGCCAACGGCAGAGGCAAUAAUUCUCCAGGUCCCGGUCGAUCGGAAAUGAGAAGACGAGGCUCCUCAACUGUAGGCGGUUCGUCUUCAAAAGACGCAGCCAUAAUCAAAGUCGGCAAGGUGAUGCUGUGGGACAAAGGCACUGCUACAUCGCCCCGCGCUAUCGUGAAACGACCAUCCACCCGAGAUCUUCGCUCAGGCCUGACGUCGUGGAGGAGAGUGUCGUGCAUCCUGCAAGAUAAUGGCGAGUUCAAAUUGAUGACCGAAAAUGACGUGGCAGUGCUUUCGAUUAUCGAAUUAUCGCAGCUCUCGCGUUGUGCUAUUCAACAGUUGGACAGAUCUGUCUUAGAUGAAGAAUACUGCAUUGCCAUCUUCCCUCUAUAUUCUACGUCAUCCAAACAACUUUCGAUAUUCCGACCUGUCUAUCUCGCGCUAGACUCUCGAGUCCUCUUCGAAGUUUGGUUCGUGCUCCUACGAGCAUUCGCCGUCCCGGAUCUAUACGGAUUGGAAGGAGCCACAGAUCAGGUAACUGAGAUUCGAGAGUUUGACAAAGAAUUCGACGGGCAAUUGUUCCGCUUAGAAAAGACCAUUCAUCUUAGAGUCACGGAAGCGAAAAUAAGGAAAACAGCUAUGCCAUCCGAUCUCCACGAACGCCAUUCCAAAGAGCGAGAUCCCUUGAAUGGUAAUUAUCUCGCCGAGGUGAUUUUAGACGGCGAGGUUCGGUCACGCACUACGACUCAGACCGAUACGAAGAAUCCAUUCUGGCGAGAAUCGACUCAGUUCACCGAAUUACCUACCGCAUUACCAGAAUUGGUUGUUAUUUUAAAGCGAGUCGAUGGGAAUAUAGAAAAUCUUAGCCAUCAGCUACAAGCAUCCUUAGGUUUACCCAAGACGAGCAACUUGACGGAAAUACAAUGCGGAUCGGUGGAUAUACCCCUAGAUAAAUUGGAACGAGCUAAGGAUCAUGAGCAAUGGCUUCAGAUUUACGACGAAAAACAAGAAAGCAUCGGAAGCAUGUUUGUCAAGGUCAAUCAUGAUGAGCUGGUUGUCCUUGGAACAAAGGAUUACGAACCUCUAUCCGAACUCCUUCACAAGUUCAGCGUCGGAUUGACGAGCCAGAUCGCUCUGGCUAUACCCUCGGCCAUGCGACGACUGGCAGAACUGUUCUUGAAUAUUUUCCAGGUAUCCGGGAGCUCUAGCGAGUGGCUCAUGGCUCUCGUCGAGGAAGAAAUCGAUGGAAUAGGAAGCCAGAACAGCGUAAAGAGGCUGCGGUUUAGUCGGCGAUUAAAGUCAAACGAGUCCUCAAACUCUGCAAGCGACCGAGAUCAACUCAUGCGCGACAUGAAGUCCCUAGCUGGGGAAGCCAACCUUCUAUUCCGAGGUAACUCUUUGCUCACCCAGGCUUUGGAGUUCCACAUGCGUCGUCUCGGAAAGGAAUACUUGGAAGAGAUCCUCGCGGACAAGAUCUUUGAGAUUAACGAACUCAAUCCGGAUUGUGAAGUGGAUCCGAGCAGAAUCCAACAUGGCGAUGAUAUACAACAGCACUGGAACCAGCUUUUACAAUUGACAACCGAAGUGUGGGAGUGCAUUUUGGACUCUGCGACAAAAUUACCUCUUGAACUCCGACAAAUUCUCAAAUAUGUUCGAGCUGUCGCGGAAGACCGCUACGGCGAUUUUCUCCGCACCGUCAAUUACACAAGUGUCUCGGGUUUCUUGUUCCUCCGUUUCAUCUGUCCAGCGAUCCUAAACCCGAAGAUCUUCGGACUUCUACGAGACAAUCCACGAGCUCGGGCUCAGCGUACCCUAACGCUUAUCGCGAAAGGACUCCAGGCUCUAGCGAAUUUGUCCACAUUCGGCAAGAAAGAGAGCUGGAUGGAACCAAUGAACAAAUUCUUGACUAUCCACAGGCAACCCUUCAAAGAUUAUAUCGAUCAGAUGUGUUCGAUACCACCUGAGCGCAGUACCGGCCCAAUUGUUUCUGCCUCGUACUCUACCCCAAUCACAAUACUUGGUCGUUUAUCUCCGGUAUCUCGAGAAGGCUUUCCGUCGCUGCCAUACUUGAUUGAUCAUCCUAGGAAUUAUGCAGCCUUGGUCAAGCUUUGGCUCGAGUCUAGUCGCAAGUCAUCCGUCGCAGAUCCUUCGGAUUUCGAUGCUGAAUUGGCAGAAUUCCACCUUAUCUGUGUAGACCUUCAAAGGCGCUCCGAUGAAUGCCUUGCUAGGAUUGAGGCUAUUCGUGUCUCAGAAAACGAGUCAAUAGCUACAGAGGACCUGCCUGAGGCUCUUGAAAGAGCAACCCUCAUAGAUUCAGUCAAUCUAACUUAUGGAAAUCCCGCGUCAUGGAUGGAAAAUGACCUUAACCGCCCGCCCGGGUCAUCCGGAAGUGAGGUGGAAGGUGGAGAUCGGUCAGCAUCAUUCCGGAAUUUUAGUCGUGAGGGAAGGCCCCUUCGCCAAGUAUCGGAGAGUAUAGACAUCUCGAAUCCAAUGAGUACAAUACGGGCAAAGGCUGGGCAUGUGAGGAACCCUCGCAGUUUCCUUCAUGGAUUGAUUACUGGUAAAAAGGAAAAGGGAAAGGAAACGGCUAGUUCGCCGUCAACGGUGCGGGAAAAGAGCAGGGACAAGGAGGAGAAAGGCAGCAGGAGUAUACUUGGAAGCUUUUCAGAAUCUUGGCAGAGCGACACAAGCUCGAGGCACUAGUCAUGCCUUAACCUUUCUGAACCGUGCCCGCGAGUGAAUUCGCGUAUCCGACGAUCAUUAUUGGGGCCGCCAAAACGUACCAGAUCCCGAUUGACGAAACGACCUCCCGGUCCAAGAGCAGAGGGGCUGCCCGGCAUCCUGGGACUCAGGAAAAGGAACCGGCCAAGGAGUGUUGUUAUCAUCGGGUCGCCUCGUGGGAAAUUAGAGACAUAGACAGAGUGAACCCGGGGGUUGGCUGGCUUGGAAUAUAGUGGCACCCCUUCGAUCACGUUAUCCAACGAAGACUCAUUUUUUUUAUUUAUCGCCUGUGACCCUAUCCCCUGUCCUUUUCUUAAACCAAAAGGAAGGCAGAGAGU